AACAAUAAACAAAGAUGUCUUCAUCAUCGAUUCAUCUCCAAAUCACAUUUUGGCUUCUAAUAAUUUCCCCUCUCGCCAUCUCAAGAAUCUUCCCAACAAACCAAACACUACUCAUCCUCCCUCUCACAACCCAAAACAUCCAUAACUCUUCUUCAACAAUACUCCUGCAACGACGUCGUUCUUCUCCAUCCUUCAAGAUCCUUUUCACUCACGGUGUCACACUCACCGCCUCUCUAACCGCCGGUUCUCCUCCACAGACCAUCACCAUGGUUCUCGACACCGGAAGCGAGCUCUCGUGGCUCCAUUGCAAACGAUUCUCAGCCCACACCUCCAUUUUCAACCACGCAAAAUCCUCUUCUUACACUUCUCUACCAUGUUCAUCACCCGUUUGCACCACCCAAACCCAAGACUUAACCAAUCCUGCCACGUGUGACCACAAGUCUAAUCUCUGCCACGUGGCUGUCUCCUACGUUGAUGGUUCCUCCAUGGAUGGGAACCUCGCUCAAGAGACGUUUCGAAUCGGGUCGUUGACCAGACCCGCCACGUCAUUCGGGUGCAUGGACCUGAGUUCCAGCACAACACCAGAGGAAGAUGGUAAAACCACCGGGUUAAUGGGAAUGAACCGGGGUCGGUUAUCGUUUGUUAACCAGAUGGGUUUAUCUAAAUUCUCUUAUUGUAUCUCCGGUUCUGACUCUACCGGUGUUUUGGUUCUCGGUGACGCGAGUUACCCAUCGCUUCCACCUCUCAAAUACACGCCUUUGGUAACCAAAAUGGAUCGGUUACCUUAUUGGGACCGGUUCGCGUACACGGUCCAAUUCCAAGGAAUUCGGGUCGGGUCUAAAUUGCUACCCAUUCCUAACUCCAACUUUGUUCCGGAUCAUUCCGGAGCGGGUCAGACAAUCUUUGAUUCCGGUACACAGUUCACGUUCCUGCUAGCUCCGGUUUACAACAUCCUGAAAACCGAGUUUACCCAACAAACCAAAUCUAUUCUCACUGUUGACCCGAGUUUCGUUUACCAAACCGCAUUGGAUCUCUGUUUCCGGGUCGGGUCAACUAAACCUGAUUUUUCGAAACUGCCUACGGUGAGUCUGAUGUUCGCAGGCGCAGAGCUAACCGUGUCGGGUCAAAAGCUGUUGUACCCGGUACCCGGGUCAGGACCCGAGCAGAAGUAUUGCUUCACAUUCGGUAACUCGGAACUCGAGGGCAUCGAAAUGUUUAUAAUUGGGAAUCAUCAUCAGCAAAACGUGUGGAUGGAGUACGAUCUCGCACAGAGAAAAGUUGGAUUUGCUAAUGACGUCAAAUGUAGUCAAGCGAGUCAACUUCUUGGAUCGUCUGGUCUAUAUGGACACACUGUUUAAAAUAAUGUUAUUUCAUAUAAUAUUAUUGUUAUGAGUUAAUUGUUAAUCAACUACAAAAAAAAAGCUCAGAACAAUAUUGUGGUUGAUUAUUACUUGGUCCGUAUGACUCAAAAGCAAAAACUUGAGUCUUGACUAUUAUCCAUAUACAUUGUUGUGUAAUAAUAAAAUUUCUGAGGG